AUGUCGAUGUCACGUCUAUAUAUAACAUCGUAAAAAUUGUAGAGCACCGAGUUUGAAUUGAUGAGAUGCGAUCACUCGAAAUUUACUCGACAUGGGGAAAUUACAGGUAUUUGAAGUUCUACUGGCUGGCAACCAAGAAGUCUUUAAGCCAGGAGAUGUUGUACAGGGAGAAGCAAGGAUCGUUGUAUCAGAAGACAAGGGAGAUAUUCGUGGUAUUCAAAUAAAAUGCGUUGGUAAGUCGUACACACAUUGGACAGAGUCUGAGGGGAGUGGAGACAACCGAAGAACGGUGAGCUACACUACCAAUCAUGAAUACUUCAGACAGGAGAUCACUCUGCAAGGUGCAGGAGCGGAUAACACUACUGCAGACCGAAUCAAACUGACUGCGGGGGAGCAUCGCUUUCCCUUCCAGUUCCAGAUCCCAAAUAUUUCUCUGCCCCCGCCGUUUGAAGCUUCUUACGGGUAUGUAAGGUACUACGUCAAGAUAAACAUUGACCGACCGUGGAAAUUUGACCAUCACACUCAGAGGCUAUUCAGCAUCUUCACUGUGAAGGAUCUGAACUACGAGUAUAAUGUACUGGUUCCUCAAAGUCACCAAGUCGAGAAGACAGUAUGCUGUCUUUGCUGCGCUUCAGGACCCAUUGUUCUUAAAGGAAUGAUUGACAAGAGGGGAUAUGUACCAGGAGAAUACAUAUUUAUUUCAUUGGAUCUAAAUAACAACAGUUCUAGGAGGAUCAUUGACAUCACUGCAAAACUGCAACAGAGAGGGCAUUUCACUGCCCAACGUCACGGCACUGGCAGAACUCACACCAGACAGGCAGUCAAGACAGUGGCUGAACUGAAGCUAGCUGGCUGCGAAGCCAUGGGGUCGGUGAACUACGACAGGUUGAAGAUGUUGAUCCCUCCUAUCCCUCCCUGUGCUUACGAAAACUGCCCAAACAUUAAACUCGAGUACUAUGUUGAGAUUGAGGGAGAUGUUGCAGGAACACCUAUGGAUGCUGAAGUGAAGCUUCCACUUGUGAUUGGCACAAUUCCAGCCUUCCAGCACACCAUAAAGGAUCCUUCUCAAAACCCUUAUGCGGUGCAACCCAUCGCAGGCCAGCCUGGGGCACCCCCGGGAGGGCAGCCAGGAUUCCCUCCACAGGGGCAACCGGGAUAUCCUCCACAAGGGCAACAGGGCUAUCCCCCACCAGGACAACCUGGAGUGCCCCCACCAGGACAAGGGUAUCCCCCACCUGGGGCACCCCCACCAGGACAAGGGUAUCCCCCACCUGGGGCACCCCCACCGGGACAAGGGUAUCCUCCACCAGGGGCACCCCAACCAGGGCAACAGGGCUAUCCCCCACCAGGACAACCUGGAAUGCCCCCACCAGGACAAGGGUAUCCCCUACCCGGCCAAGCUGGGCCACCCCCACCAGGGCCAGAGGGAUACCCUCCACCUGGACAACCAGGAAUGCCAGGAGGAGUGUCUGGUGAAGAGGGUUUGGCCCCACCUCCAACAUAUACAGCUGCUGUUGGAGGGCCACAGGAGGUUUCAGGCGAGAAAGGUUCUUUUGGCAGUGUCCUGUACGCACCGCAGUACCCUUACUACGAUCCAGACACGCUGUAUGCCUCCAUGGGUAUUCCAGUGGGAGCGACCACUUCAUCAGCAGACGGAGGGCAACCACCCCCAACAGUUAUGCAGCCAAUGAGCAUUCAGCAGCCACCCCACCAGACCUAACCAGCCUGUGGGCAUUCAGCAACCAUCCCACAAGACCUAAUCAGCCUGUGGGCAUUCAGCAACCUUUCCACAAGUCUUUAUUAAACACCGGGCAUUGAGUAACGGUCUUGUAGAAAUACUCGCCCAUUGGGCAUUCAGUAAACACCCUGCCAUUCCUAACUAGCCUUCUCGACAUACUGCAAAAGACUUACAAAUAUUUUUAAGACAAUGAACUUUCAGCAAUAGUCCUACAAUGCCAAUCAGCCGAUGAGAAUUCAGCAACCACCCUGCAACUGCUAACUAGCCAAUGGACAUUCAGUAUCUGCCGUACCACUCCUCACCAGCUAAUAAACAUUCACUGACAGCAACACCAUUCCUAGCCGGUCAGUGAGCAUUCAGCUAGCUCUGUAAAAUGCCAAACCAGCCCACAACCAGACCCCACACUCCAUGUAAUUCUGCAAAAUUUUCCAGGAAGACCGACCCAUCUUAUCCAGAAAUGAAGGGCAACCACCACCAACGAUCAUUAGCCAACAACCAUUCAGCAAUUGAAUGACCAAUCAUCAUGCAUUCAACAACUACCCUGCAGCCCCUAACCACACACCAUGCAUUUAGCAACGUUCCUGUAGCAACCGUCUUAAAGAACUCUAGACGAUUCGUCAUGCAUUCAGUAACUGUCCUGCAACCUCCCCAAACUAUCCGCUAGGCAUUUGAGUUUAUUUUCAACAAAAAAAGUUUAUCUUUUUGUUAGGCUUUGGUUGACCAAUGGAACAAAUAAGGAUGGCCUCAAUUGACUUUUAUCACACACACACACAACACACACAGUGCUCCUGGAUACCAUACUCCAAACACUGUGGUUUUCAUCCAUGAAACAGAAAGAGUUUAGCAUACAUUGUAAAAGUAGGUGGCAAAUAUUCUACUAGUAUGUCUCUAUUAAAGCGGGACUGCACUACUUGCGCCCUCUAUAUAGCAAACAAUGCCUAAGCGGUACCCAUUGGUCCCUCAUGAUCCCGCUUUUCUUAUGUUAAAUGAGAGCUGAUUUGAUGAGAUAAUCACCUGUCAGUGACCAUGCAGGGAGGGCUAAUCCCUCCUGGCCAAACUAGUGCAGACAGGCCUUAAACAGCAGAUGAUGAUAGAAUGUAUUACUGAGAUAAUUUGAGGUGGAAACGAUUAUGACUUCUCUGGUGAGCCUAUCUACCAAUUAUAGCCAUGAUGCAUAUAGCAGGUACUGUACUUGCUGCUAGAAAUCAGGGUUUUCUUAUGUUAAGUGAGAGCUGAUUUGAUGAGAUAAUCAGCUGUCAGUGACCAUGCAGGGAGGGCUAAUCCCUCCUGGCCAAACUAGUGCAGACGGGCCUUAAACAGCAGAUGAUGAUAGAAUGUAUUACUGAGAUAAUUUGAGGUGGAAACGAUUAUGACUUCUCUGGUGAGCCUAUCUACCAAUUAUAGCCAUGAUGCAUAUAGCAGGUACUGUACUUGCUGCUAGAAAUCAGGGUUUUCUUAUGUUAAAUGAGAGCUGAUUUGAUGAGAUAAUCAGCUGUCAGUGACCAUGCAGGGAGGGCUAAUCCCUCCUGGCCAAACUAGUGCAGACGGGCCUUAAACAGCAGAUGAUGAUAGAAUGUAUUACUGAGAUAAUUUGAGGUGGAAACGAUUAUGACUUCUCUGGUGAGCCUAUCUUCCAAUUACAGCCAUGAUGCAUAUAGCAGGUACUGUAAUUGCUGCUAGAAAUCAGUGUUUACAUGGGCAUGUAAAUUGUUUAGAGUUUCUUCAAUUUUGAUUCUUAACAGAUAAUAGUUUGCAUUAUUUGAUUACAUUAGCAUUUUGAUCAAUGUACAAACAAGAUAUAUAAAAAAAAGUUUGACAUGCAAAAGGAACAUGGUAUUUGAUAUCUUGUUUCUAAAAAAAUAAUGAUGUUACUUGUAGUAACACUAUCAAGAAACUUGUUGAU